AUGCACGGCGAGAGGAGAAAUGUACAAUCGUGCAAUCUUGGCUGUUACUUUUGUACAAAUUUAUAAAGUUUUUACUUGUAUUUAUUCAGAAGAAAGAAACAUAUUUAUUUUUGAAAACAUAACUAUCAAUUCUUACAUUUUUAAUACCUACAUUUCCCAUUACAAACUUUUUUCUUUAAAAUCAUUACAGAUUGUUUCUUUUUAUACGUGGAAACCUUUUUUUACAUCAUGUAUUUUUUAAAUAAUGACAUUAGUAAGAGGUAUAGCAAGAUAAAGGGGUUAAAACUGCACCAUUCACCAACAGCUUGAUGAAAGAGAACAUCGUAAAGCAAUUAUGAAUUCUUUACUUCGACACAAAUGUAAUUAGAGUAAAUAGAAUAUGAUGUUUAUGAUAGUAAAUUUGUAAAACGGAAAGCAUAAUAAAUUUUGUGCAUGUCAAUGAUUAUGAUAGUUAUGUCUUAUCUGUUAUUGUCAUACCUGUCAUCUAGGGGUUAUCAGAGAGCGUUGCGUACUUUAAAUCUAUAAAUUUAGAAACUAAACGCUAACGACUUAUGUAUGAUAACCUAAAUUAUACAAUUUAAACAAAUUUUUGAUACAACAGAAAAGAAAAAGGUCUAUAAGAAUAAUAUGAUUUAAAAAGAUAAUUUGAGCACAUGCAGUUCAUGAAUAGUUUAUUUUAAUUUAUUAAUCAUGGAUAGAUUUUCAAGUAUUGAUUGGAAUACUGCAUUGGAAGACCUAAUAGAUAAUACUUUUGUUAAUGAAGGAAGAUUAGAGAAAGAAAGUGUGAUGUAUCGAAUUAUGACUGGGAAUUUCAAAGAUCCAUUUAAAGAUAUUGAAGAAGAUUACAAGAAUGUUAAAAUCUAUCUAAUGAAGGAUGCUGAUCUGGACUUAAGUAAAAUGGAAAAAGAAUAUGAACCUAAGCACACAAAAAAGACCAAAUGUUAUAUACCUGGUAUUGUUAAACCAAUGUUUAAAAGUCUUAAGAAAUCCAAACUAAACAAGGAACAACAAGCAAUGUGUUUAAGAGUCUUGUUAAAAUUUUCAAAAUCUGAUAAACCGAAGCUAACACAAAUAGAGAGAAAAGAAUUAAAAGUAUAUAUGGACUUACAACAAAUAAUAUCUAAAGAACAAGAUGAAUUUUUGGAGUUUGCAAAAAGUAAAUGGCAUGAAAGAUCAUUUAAAAUCACAUGUGAAGAUUAUAUAAAUUUACAUUGGAAAUUAAAGUUACAAUGUAUUUAUAAAUUACCUAGGUAUUACACUGAAAUAACAAGCAUUCCAUUUGUAGCAGAUAAAAAUAUUCAAGUAAAAUUUCUUUCUAAUUGUUUACAACUGGGUAAAUUACAAAAGAUAGUGUUGCCAACUUUUAGUAGACCAUGUAUGCUACAUAUAAAUUCAGAACAAUUACAAAAACGAUUUCUUCCUGAAAAAGAAAAUGUCAAAGAAUCAUUGAUGCUUUUUAAACUACCUGUAAGUGAAGAUGCAAAUUGUCAAAAAUUGGCUGAAGAUAAUAAUGUAGAUUUGGUAAUUUCAUCCAGUGGUCUUAAUUGUUUAGUAAAUAAUAUUGGUCCAACAUAUUCAAAUUCGUGGAUUUUACCCAUAGUCAUUAAAAGGCACAAUGAUAAAAAUGUUAUCUACAUAGAUAAGCCAGCACCCCCAGUUGCAAGUACUAUACCAGAAAAAAAUACUUGGGUGUAUAAAUAUAUUCUGAAAUAUUUUUUUAUUGGUACCAAACAUUUAGCUUUAGAGAGUAAUGAAGAUGAUAAUAUAUUUGAUGAUGUUAAUUGUGAAAAACUAUUAAAAUUAGAAGAAGAAUAUGAAAAUGCUUCAACAAAAAUUAACAAUGAGUUAUCUUCAAAUGCACCAGAAGAGGAUAAAAGUUUUGAAGAAAUUUUAACUCAACAGAAUCUGACAAACUGUGAAGAAUCUUUGCAUACAACUGCUUCUAAUUUUUGUAAUUCCUUUAGUUCUACAAGUAAUGAAGAUAUACAAAAUGGAACCUCUGAAGCGAUGGAAAAUUGUGUAUCAUAUAACUUGUUUACAAUUGGACCACUACUUUCAGAACAGAAUGAAUUAAUGAAAGACGUUAUUAAAGAAUAUAAAAUGUUAGUUCGAACAAAAACACAUGGGGUUGAGAUUUUAGAGAAUGAAGUACAAAGAUUAUUAUUGUUAACACCAAAAUUAGAGCAUCAGCCUGAUCUUGGUGCUGAAGCUGUAACAUUAGAAGAAGCAUUGAAACAAUGGGUAUCUUUGAUAUUUAGGCCUCAUACAUUUCUAGCUCGAGUUCGAAUAUCAAGUAAAACAUCAGAAAUAUUACAAAUAGAACAUCGUACAGCAAUAUCUAUAAAUAAUGAAAUUAAAAGACUUUAUAACACGAAAGUUGAAAAUACUUUGAUAAUUUUACAUAAUGUUAUUCAAUCUCUUGCAAAUUUAUCUCCAGGACGUUAUAUUUUGAGACAUACAAUAAGAAAUGGAGCAUUUGCUGCUGUUUUUAAAUCAGCAGAAAGUUCAGGAAAAAAUAAUCUUGAUAUUCAUACAAUUUAUGAUGAAAUAUUUCACACUUUACCUAGUCCACCUUGGAUUCCAUUAGACAAAACCUUACCAACUCCAAUGCUUAAGUAUUUUGAAAGAAUGCCAGCUUUGUUUUAUCCAUCGAAUAAUAAAACAUCUUCUGUUAAUAAAAAACGCACCAAAUGUAAUACAGGAUUUGUACGUAGAAGUUUAAGAAAUAACAAGAAAAAAUGAUCAGUAUUCAAUAUCAACAUAAGUGGAGAAAUACAUUUCUUUAACAAAUUAGCUUUUUCUAUUGGUCUUAUUUCUCUACUCAAUAUACAAACACAAAUUUUAAAUUUUAUAUGCUGCCAUUAUUAUUUGUUUAUUACAGUAAGAUCUAAAGUCUGAUACAAUCUGUGUUACAAAUGUAUACAUUUGAUGUAAUUUUAAUUGUUUUUUAACUUUAACUAUAAUAAAUUGCUAUUGCAUCUGUAUAAUCUCCUGUAUCUUGUGUGAACUACAUAAUAUAAUAAAAUAUAGCAGAAUAUAACACAAUCUACCAUAUAUUAUGGAAUAACAAAUAAUAUAUCGUAAUAUACAGUUUCGGAUCGAAAUAAGCAAUACAUUCGAGACCAUACUGGUACUAUAUGGCUUAAUUUUAUUCUCGAAUGAGACAAAAAAGAACACGGAGAAGAAAUGAGAGGCUUGAGAUAACGGCAAUUUCAUAAAGUGAUCAGUCGAGCAGUAUAUAACACGUCAGGAUCGCUAAUAUUAGAAUGAGAAAGCAUUAUAUAUAUUCUAUUCGUUUUCUAUUAAAUGAUGUCACUAUUCAUUCGAUCACAAAAAUGUAUGGCUUCUUGCUUUCACAGACUUCUUACUCGUUUCGAAUCUCUCACUCUGUUGGCGAAUUCAAGUGAAGAAGAGGGGAUAGCGAGUUGCUUAUUUUGAGUCAGAAACCAGUUAUUAUAGGCAAAACUUAUUUCGAGAUAAAACUGUAGUGUAGUAUAUUUCAGAUUUGAUUUCAGUUCUAGUAUCUUAAUUAUCAGUCGUAUACAUUUUCUAAGGUUUCUUAAGGUAAGAUAGGAUAGUGAAAAGACAAUUGGAUUUAUGCUAUCUCCCCUUACUAUGUUCUCUGUAUGUUUUUUUAUUAUUGUUUUUUAUUUGAGUAUUUGCGUUGCGUUAGAUGCUGUAAAGUUUGUAUAUUUAACAAGUUAAGUGUAUAUAAAAAAAUAAAUAUUUAUCGUAUCUUUUACGUGUAUAUAAAAAUAAAAGUAUUGUCUUUUUUUAAAUAAAUAUAAAAUAAUUUUUUAAACGUAUAAAAUAAACACUAUUAAAAGUAAAUUAUGUUAUAAUAAUGUUAUGUGUAAAAUUUAUAAAUAUUGAAAUUAAAUGUUAUAUAAAAGUAUGUUUGAUAAAUAUAUAAAACCAGAGAGGAAAUUUCCUCUCUGAUAUAACUUACACAUAUUUUAAGACUUAUAUAUCUAUAAAACACGGCUAGCCACUAAAUAUUCAACGUACUAAAUAUAUAAUGUUUAACAUUUUAAUAUAUUUAUAUUCAUAAAGAUUUUUUUUAUAACAAUUUGUACAAAUAGUAGGUUUUCAUCGUUAAAUAUACAUAUAUAUAUAUAAACAUUU